CAGACAUACCUUGGGGGUCAGUGUCUGGGAGGAGGGACAGGGGCGGGGGAUGGCGGCCCUCACUCGACCCUCGGAUCCCAGUUAAUUAGCCGCAUCUCACCACACUGCUGCCCACUGACACUCACAUGGCUCACUCUCUACACAUCAAUUGAACACUUCGGUUGUGUCGUCAAGAGUGGCAUGAAGUUGACGAGUAAUGGCUACAUCAGUACCCCAGAAAGAUGAUGUGGAGAGAUGGACGGUGGAGCAAGUUGCUGCCUGGCUUCAGCAGGUGGAGUUAGCAGAUUGCUGUGAAGUUUCUCUCAGAAAAGGAAUUGAUGGACACACACUACUGCAAUUAACUGAAGAAGCUUUAGUGCUAUGGGGUAGAGAUGUUUCUAUAAAGAAUCGCAAGCAAAUUAUGAAGCUAGUCACACAGAUAAAGGACCAUCAGCUAGUCAAUACUAGUAGACAUGUGAGUGACAUUCAAGGCCCUCGAAGCUCUUCUGGCAUUGUGCCUCCAAGAUGGAAAAAACCACAGCAUAAUCAGCAAGAUGAUGCAAAAGAUGACGACAAUACUGUAGACUUUUUUGAUGAAGAUGAUUUUUCUGAUGACUACGAUAGCGAAAAUGAACGUGAAUCGUCCAGUAUACCACCACCAGAGACAACUCCUGGCCAUGUUAAAGGUGAUGAAGAAUAUGGACUUUAUAUGACGCCUAGAACUGUAACUACCACCCCAACCUAUCCAAGUCAACCAUCAAGAGGUCUUCCUAACUUUCCUGCAAGAGUUCCAGUAAUUAGUGCCCAUAAUCUUUCACAAUUGCCUUUUCCUGCAAAUCGUCUGCCAGCACCACAGCCCAGUAAUAUUCGCCCAUCUCUUCCUCCAACCAAUUUGCCUCAAAAUCAAGAUACUCGAAACAGAGCUUUCUCACUACCUGUAGUAAGCAGGGGUGCCGCACCUGCAAACCGGGGAACAGGAGCUCACCAUGGAGGGUUUUCUGGUGCAUUAAGAGGACAUGGACCUUCAGACCAGACUCCACAUGGACACCCACCACCAGACGUCUCUGGACGUGGACCUGCUCCAGUCCCUGGAGGCCUUGAUAAUAAUCUUCGACACCAAAUUGGUCUUCAAACUGCUAACCCUCCAUUCCUGAAGCCUAAAGCACAGAAUCCUCUUCAAGCGUCAUCAUCUGGAGGACCACCACUUAGAUUACCUCAUUUUCCUCCUGGACCUCACAGCAGCAACAGUCCACACAGCAGACCCGAGAGUCCAAGUGAAAGUGGCGGACAAGGGGUAAGAAGUGGCUACACCUUACACCAUGUCCCUUUAUCUGCUAAUAAACCUCUUGAUGGAAAUAAUUCUGCCAGACCACCCCCUAUUAUUCCUAAGCCAAAGACGCUGCAGAACCCUGGAGUAACACCAAAUCGGCAACCCAUUUCAUUUCCCAGACCCCUCAACAGCACCAGCCCUCAAAGUAGUCGGCCUGUGAGCCCAACUGAGAGUGGAGGACAGGGAGGAAAAAGUGGCUUUACCUUACACCCUCCAUUGAAGCUCAGCAAAUCUGACGAGGGAAAUAAUCCUCCAAGACCGCCAGUCCCAACACCCAAGGAGCUGAAGCCCAAGUUCAGCCAACCAUCACAAUCAGCUUCAUAUGCUCCAGAGAAAACGGACCAUGAAUAUGAGAUUGUUGAUGUUCCGCCUAGAUCAUUUACAGGAACGGAGAACAUUCAUCCCAGUUCCUCAGGUCUGUUGUCCCCAGAUAAAACUCCACCGGCUCUACCUCCAAGGAAUACUGCAGAUGGUCGGGACACGUCAUCCCGUCAGGCACAAGGAAUUGGAGCCCAACAGCCGCCGCCGCCUAUAGGGUACAACCCACCAAAAUGGCACUCUGGAAGUAGUCAAGUACUACCUAAAAGUACUCCAAAACAUCCAUCAGUUCUCCCCAGACAUCUUAAUCAACCAUCUUCCUUAAAUGUUUCUCACAAUAGACAACAUGAAUCGAAUCCCGAUGGAAACGCACACACCCCAACCCGACCACCCAUACUGUCUGGUUCGCCCAAUCUCAACACCAGCCGACCACCUGCACCCAUUCCUUCGCUCCCCAUUUCUGGUCCUCCCAUUCCGCCCACCAGUGGGCCACCACUGCCUUCAAACAAUCCUCCUCCUAUCCAGUACCCAGAUCAGUAUCCAGGACAACAUCAGACAAAUUCUCUUGAUUACCUGCAACUUGAUCAGGUACCACAGGAAAUGGCCCCAGCAGUACCAGGAGUUUCACCACUACCUUCCGUUGGAAUGACAAGUACAGAACGUGUUAACCUGGGAGAUGGAGAGAGUAUUGAACUAAUCCCGCUUUAUCGCAGACUUAUGGAACAACCAUAUUUUCAUGUAAUAUCUCGAGCCAAAUCCAAGAAUAUUCUUGAAAAUGCUGAUGAUGGAAUGUUCCUGAUUCGUCCAUCAACUCGCUCCAUGGAUCCACUCACCCUCUGCCUUAGACAUGGAGGCCGCACUUACAAUAUCAAUAUUAGACAUCGUCGUGAUGGACUGUUUGCCUUAGGCUCAGAAAAGAGUAAAGAAAUGGCGUUCACAUCAGUAGAUGACAUAAUUACUGCUCACAAACGUGAACCCAUCAAGCUACAAAAUGGAGAGCGUGCAUUGCUGACCGGAUCACCGCCUAAACCUGACCGCAUUUAUGUUCAGAUACGAAGCUCAAGAUAAUGAGAGUUACCUGGCAGAAUAGUGUGAUUGAUUUAGAGAAUAUAGGAGAACUUUAACAUUUUACUAUAACAAAGCUCUAAAAGUGGACAUAAAACUGCAUCUUUAUUUGGCUAAGAUUUGUAUACGUUACUUACUGUUGUGUUCACACCAGACAAUAAUAUUGAUAAACAUGGGUUUUCUUAGCCAAGAUAAAAUGUAAUCUAUAAUCAUGUGUAAAACCAAUCAAAACAAAAGUCCAAAACAGGAAAUUAUAAAGGAUACAGCUUUUAAAACUAUAUACCUGAAUAGUCUUUUAUUUUUACAUAUGUUGCAUAAUUUUUACAUACAUUCCAGGAGCUGCCUCGUAUGGGCCAAUAGGCCUUCUGUAGUUACCUUUAUUCAUAUGUUCUUAUGUUGCAAAAUUAUGUUACAACUUGUCUUAUAAAAUUGGUAGCAUACAUUAAUUGGACAUUGGUAGCAUCUGAAUUUACUUGAGGACCAAUAGCUCAAGUGGCCUCAAAGGGAACAGGAAGUCAGUAGCUUGUCAUAGGUUUCCCCAUUAUUCCAGAGGAUUUUUUCCGGCUCGGUAUUAAGCUGAAAUACUGUCUUAGCAUUUACAGAUUCGGUACAUAAGCAGUUCAAUGGGUUUAUAACGCUAUGGGUAAAAAAACAUCUCCUGUUUUCUGUCCUACAUUGUUGCUUGAGCUCGAAACUGUUGCCCUUUGUAUACGUUACAUUGAAAGUUUUAAAGAAGUUCCAUUUUUAUAGGUUGAGAGUCCAGCUCUAUCAUAUCUGGUUUGCAGUGUUGUUAGUCCUGUGGCCCUCCUUCAUUCCUGGUAAGGGACAUGGUUUAGGGGUGAUUUUUGGUGCGGUGUUUUGAACUUUCUCCAAGGCAGAUGUGUCCUUUUAAAGGUGAGAUCUCCAUGCUUGGAUACAGUAGUCAAAAUGGGGGUGCUCCAGAGGUUUGUACAGUUGACAAAUCACUUUCUUUUCCUUGAAGUCAAAAGUUCAUAUUAUUGAUCCAAUUUAUAUAUAUACACAUACAUACACAUACACACAUACUACACCUACCUACCUACCUACUUCUCAUACAACUUUCAAUGACUGGUGGGUCAUAAUUCUUGGCAUGAACAUAGCAAUAUAAGGGAACAGAAAGCUUGGUUAAUUAAGAUGUGGUUUCUAAUCUAUGAUCACCAUUUUUAGACUCAAUCUUCCCACUUAUUGUUUCAUUUAAUUAGAUUUUUUGUUGUUUUAAACGAUGUUGUAAAGAUAUAGUUCUACAUUUUGUUUUUGUUAUAAUAAUCAUGUUAUACAAUCGUGUUAUGUUAUAUAAUCAGUUGUGCUGUAAUUAGCAAGAAUAAGGCCAAGAAAUGUAUGCAUGAUAUUUUGUAGAGUUUUUUGCUGUACGUUGUGAAAUUAUGUACUGCAUAUAUACUCGUAAUAAGACUGUAAACUAGAACAUAUCCUUGCUUUCAGAAAUAGUAUGUUGCAUAGUACGUGCAAUAAUCAUUAUUUCAACUUUUAAUUUAAAUGUUCUCUACAGUCAACAGUAUGAAAUGUCAGCGUGUAGUUUUCUACUAGGCAAAAUAUUGCAUUGGUGUUAUUUCAUUAACUUCAGUGUUAUGGCCAUUACUGUGUUUAUUCUGCAAUUUAUAGAACUUAUUUAGCUCCUUGUUAUUUAGUAUGCAGUUUUCUUGACAUGUAUUUUACUUGUGUGCACAUACACACACACACAUGAGAGAGACGUGCCAAGUUUUGUAAGAGAUAAGAUAACGGCACAAAAUUCAUAACGAAACCGAGUACUGUACCAGCAAAACUCGACACUUAUACUUUGUUCAAAUCAUCACACUUACACCUCGCAACUAUUUCUACAAUGUUUUUUUACACAAUUAAGGUAUGUCUUGUGAUUUUUAAUGAUGUAACAUGUUGUGUACAAGAUACAUAUAUGUAUAUAUAUAUAUUAAUUAUUUUUAAGCAUAUUGGAGUCAAUUUGCAAGCUUGGAAAAAGUUUUUAUCUUGUAUAUAAAUAUUUUUCUUUGCUUGUUCAAGACUCAUUCACCAUUAUCUGUCCUAUAACAAUUAAUGGUAAUUAUGAAAAGAGCAUUUUCCUAAUUAGAAAUGUAUAUAUAUUUUUAUUGAACAAUAUAGAUCAACAAGAAAGCAACGCAAAUCAAUAUAGGAAAAAAUUAGCUGAAAAGAAUUCUGUUUGCUAUUUAUGACUAAAAUAGAAAGAAACUAAAUCCCUCAUAAGUAUGCUUGUUGCGUUUACUACAGUAUACUGUAUUUUAUCAAUUUUAAAUAUGCGUGAUCUGAUUUCAAGUUUGUUGAGCUGUUUGUUUUAUAGUAUAUAAGGAUAUUUGGGGGGGGGAAGUCUGUAUUUUUGUCCUAUCUAAAAUACAUUUGUUAUGCUGUUUUGUGGUACUGUAUCUCUGGAAAGAGCACACCCUGUUGUUAUAUGAAAUUACUGUAAUAUGUUUAGAGAAAAAACAAAAAAAGAACAUACCCCCCUCCACCAAAAAAAUCUUGAAUGAUCAUAAUUGUUUUGUAUUUAUAAUAAUAAUACAGUAAUGUAUUUCUUGGAAACCACACCCAGCAUUGUUUUAGAUUCCAUGGACUAUAUCUCAAUUAGAAAAGUUACUUUUAUUCCAUAUAAUUGUUUUUUUAACUGCACAGUAGGAAAGACCAGGGUAUCCUCUUAUUAGACAUAUUUUAAAAAAUGUACUUUUCAAAAUUUAGUUUCAUUGCUGAUAUUUGUCCCACUGUGGGGAAGGAUGAAGGGAAAAAUUAAGUGUGGUAGCCACAAGAGUAACCAUGCAUCAGAUGAACAGGCGAUGAGUCACAAUAACGUGGCUGAAGUAUGUUGACCAGACCACACACUAGAAGGUGAAGGGACAACGACGUUUCGGUCCGUCCUGGACCAUUCUCAAGUUGAUUGUGAGAAUGGUCCAGGACGUACCGAAACGUCGUCGUCCCUUCACCUUCUAGUGUGUGGUCUGGUCAACAUGCGUCAGAUGAGAUCUCCAGACAUAAUGGAUUGUUGCUUCUCAUCUGGGUUCAGUCCCUGGGCAGGACAGAAGUGGUUGGUCAUGCUUGCUUUCACCUGAUGUUCGUGUUCACCUAAUAAUAAAUCUUUACCCACGAGUUAGGAACCUUGUAGGUUGCAUCCUGGGGAAUGUCAAUAGUUGGCCUAGGAUAGAACCUUGAUUUUAACUGAGGAACAGACUUCCUCUCCUCAUCAAUGGAAAUAUUACUCAACAACAGCCAUACAUUUGUGAGUUGACAAACAUAUAUUAGAUAAGUAACUCUUGUCAGAAUAGUGCCAAAAUCUACAGUGCCAAAAUUUGAAUCAAGGUUCAUUCAACUGUCAACAAUCUUUAUUCAUAUGAGAGAUGCUGACGUGCAUGUGAAAGUUCAUACAUUGUUUAUAUGCACUCUCCUUCCUCUCACCCACAUGCUCACCACCUAUACAUUCUGUGGAUUUCGGUCUUUAUUCAACACAGUAAUUCCUUUGAAAAACUUUAUUGUAAUUGUAUGUCUAAAAAUAUACAGCAGAAUGUGGAAAACAUAUCCAUCCUUGCAUAGUAUUAAGGAUCUGUGAUUGUCAAUCGUAAUAGUUAUAAAACUUGGAAGUGGCCAAGGCAUAGUGCAUUGGCUUUAGGAUUAGGCCAGGAGGUACAAUACUCAAAUAUAUUAUCUUUGUAUUUCUUAAUUUUUGUAUGUUCUGUAUUUUAUAAAUGCUGGUUUUUGUGGAAAGGAUUUUAAACAAUGACAAAUUUCAUGGAACACUAUACCUGAGGAAAGGGGUUUGGCAUCAUUUGCAAACUUUAAUGUGUUUGUAAUAACCCAAUUGUAUGUAAAGGCCAAGAGCCACACUCAUGAUGACCUGUCUUCCUUAUAUAUUUUGUCAUAUUUAAUAUUAAAUUCAAUAAUUGUUAACGUAAUCAGUCAAUACAUUCCAUUAAUUACAACUGUUAUUAAAGAAAUUCUUCCGUA